GGAUGCGCGGGGAUGGGACCGAGCCGGCCAGAGCAGCGGCUUUGCCAUCCGAGUAACACCCUCCAGCCAGCCUCCUCUCCUCCUCCCGCGCUCGCUCUGCCUCCCCCCCCCGCUCCCUCCUCGUCUUUUUUUUUUUUUCCCCUGGCCUCCCCCUUCCCCCGACUCCCGUCUGUGCCGCACUCGCAUCUCCAGGCAGGCAUCCAUCGCCACCCGCCCCGCCGAGGCACCAGCCUCCCGCGCCGGGUGCUGCCCCGGCGCUUCCCCGGACCUGCCUCCGCCACCCGUCUGGUGACAGAGAGACACACUGACUUCGGGGUGUCCCCCAUCCCCUUCCGAGGGCACGCUCCACUUACCCGGCGGUUUUCUUUUUAAGAAAAGCCACCCCAUUUCCUACAAGCCGCCGGCAGCGCCAAAAGCCACCCCCCGAGCAGCAUCACCCCCCGCCACCGAGCACCGCUCGCUCCAGCUCCGGUGGUGGGUGGGAGGGGAGGCCCGAGGCCAUGGAGGUGGCCACGGACCAGCCUCGCUGGAUGGCCCACCACGCCGUGCUCAACGGGCAGCACCCCGAGAGCCACCACCCCGGACUGGCCCACAACUACAUGGAACCGGCGCAGCUCCUACCUCCGGAUGAAGUCGACGUCUUCUUCAACCAUCUGGAUUCACAGGGCAACCCCUACUACGCCAAUUCUGCCCAUGCCCGGGCCAGGGUCUCCUACAGCCAGGCACACGCCCGCCUGACCGGGAGCCAGAUGUGCCGGCCCCACCUGAUCCACAGCCCCGGGAUCCCUUGGCUGGACAGCAGCAAGGCGGCACUGUCUGCCCAUCACCACAACCCCUGGACCGUCAACCCCUUCACCAAGACACCCCUGCACCCCUCGGCGGCCGGAGCGCCCGGGGCCAUCUCGGUGUACCCGGGCAGCAGCACGUCCAGCACCGCCUCCGUGUCUUCGCUCACCCCGGCCUCGCACUCCGGCUCCCACCUCUUCGGCUUCCCACCCACCCCUCCCAAGGAAGUGUCCCCAGACCCCAACUCCACCAGCGCUGCCUCCCCUUCCUCCUCCGCCGGGGCUCGGCAGGAGGACAAAGACAGCAUCAAGUACCAAGUGUCGCUGUCGGAGGGGAUGAAGAUGGAGAGCGCCAGCCCGCUCAGAAGCAGCCUCACCAGUAUGGGGGCCCAGCCCUCCACACACCACCCCAUCCCCACCUACCCCUCCUACGUGCCGGCUGCCCAUGACUACAGCAGCAGCCUCUUCCACCCAGGCAGCUUCCUGGGGGGUCCCGCAUCCAGCUUUACCCCCAAGCCGCGGAGCAAGGCCAGAUCCUGCUCGGAAAGAAAUCCGGUUUCUUCGUGUUUCCAUUUAGAAGGCAGAGAGUGUGUGAACUGUGGAGCAACUGCUACCCCUCUCUGGAGAAGAGACGGCACCGGGCAUUACCUGUGUAACGCCUGCGGGCUCUACCACAAAAUGAACGGUCAAAACCGACCUCUCAUUAAACCUAAACGAAGGCUGUCAGCGGCCCGGAGAGCAGGGACUUGUUGUGCCAACUGUCAGACAACCACCACGACCUUAUGGCGACGCAAUGCAAACGGGGACCCGGUUUGUAAUGCCUGCGGACUCUACUAUAAAUUGCACAAUGUGAACAGGCCUCUGACCAUGAAGAAGGAAGGGAUUCAGACCCGGAAUAGGAAAAUGUCCAACAAAUCAAAGAAAAGCAAGAAAGGCUCCGAGUGUUUUGAGGAACUGUCCAAGUGCAUGCAGGAGAAAUCGUCUCCCUUCAGCGCUGCUGCCCUCGCUAGUCACAUGGCACCUAUGGGGCACUUGCCACCUUUCAGCCACUCUGGACACAUCCUACCAACACCUACCCCCAUCCACCCAUCUUCCAGCAUCUCAUUUGGACAUCCACACCCAUCCAGCAUGGUUACAGCCAUGGGAUAAAACCCAGUGACCAAGAGACCCACCCAGAGAUUAAGAACACAGGGCUUUGCCUAAGAUGACACCAAGUAAGAAAAUGUUCUGCCAAGAGGAGAAUGUAGGGAUGGCAAAAGAGGAUCUUUGCUCCCAAGUGGACUAAAACCUUGCAAAUGAUGGGUCUUCUGCAGAAACGUCUAGUGGUGCCUGUAAUGCACUUUGCCCCCUCAGGUAUAAGGAAAAAGAACUUACCUGUUUGAUACUUCAUUGUCCAGCAGGAAGCAAAAGGUGGCAGAAGCUGAAGGAAAAGGCUUGGAACUGGCUUUCCUUUCUCUCUUUGUUAUUACUGUGAAUAUUGUAAAGAGAUAUAAGCAGCCUCCCAGGAUGGAACGGGCUCACUGGAAGCCAGACAUGCUGGAUUUCUAUCGUGGACUUUGUUUGGGAUGGGGAGGGAGGGGGAAAAGGAAAAAAGAAAAUAACAUCUUUAUAAAACAGUAAUUUUGAAAAUGAAAUCUGACACAAAGUCAUAUUUAUUUUGCUCUUGUUUUUCCACAAAAGCCUCAACCCCUCCGAUUGCAUGUUUUUGUGCUGUAAGAAAACCUGCCUUCAAAACCAGGGGGAGAGUGGGGAAUAUACUCAGCAGCCCCCUUGGAUUUGCUCCAUCUAUCUUCCAUACCAAAAGAGCUAGGAAGGAGGACGAGAUUGGAGCGGGGUGGGGGAGAGGAAGACACACAAAGCAAAACAUGUAGCCAUAACAUGGGAUUUUAACGUGCCCAAGAUGGGUGAUUAUUUUGCCACAGUUUCUUCAUUCUUUUCCCUAACAUAAAAGAUUUGUUUUUUAAAAGACAGCCCCCAUUCCCACCUACCUUGUUAUUCCUCAAAACAGGCAGCUCGAUCAGACAAACUGUUGGAGGAAGAAACUCUCGGGAAGGCAAUCCUGCACUAGCCCAGGGGUGAGCUACGGGCAGUUACCGUGUCGCAGCUGACUUCUAUCGCAGCAAAACCCAUCGCAGGGCAUAAGAACAUCCAACUUGUAGACUUUAGAGGUUGAAGCAUUUUGUUCUGUUGUGUUGGCAGCUGUUGCUUAAAAAUGCAGAUUAGCUGCCUGGGUAAACUUGGGGCAGUGUGGCCACCACCACAAUCCCCACGCAGGCAGUGUGUGCUGUCUCGGGCAGCCGGGCCUCGGUGGGCUUCACAGGGAGGAAGGGCAGAAAUGAGGUUGAGAUCACUGCAGAGGGGAAAGAGAGAGACAAUCACUUCUGAGCUUCACACAUCCAUCAAACCCCAGUGCCAGCUGAUGAGAGGAGGGAAAGCAUCGUUGGUUGGAGGGGGAACGGCCGUUUCCCGCAGCGUGUUUUGUAUGAAAAACAAACAAACAAAAUGAAAAAAAAACUGCAAAAAAAAGAGAAAAAAAAAGCCAAUCUCCCAUUAUGAAACCAUAUUGUACGUAAAUGAGCGAAAACAAAGCUAUUGCCAAUGUGAAGUGUAUUCUAUUGAUUGUUAUGAUCCGAUGCCUCUCGUGAACACAAGCUCCAGUAUAACAUACAGUGUACAUAUUUAGCUAUACUUCUGAUGGAAAUGCCCCCAUGAGCAGAGGGGUUUGAUAAUGUAAACCACGUAAGCUUAACUCUGUGACAAGCUUGUUAUUUUUUAAAAUUUUUAACUUUUGUUGUUGGGGGUUUAUUUUUUGGUUUUUUUUUUGUUUGUUUGGAUCAAGCCAAUUGUAUCUUUACUGCAAAAGUCCUGCUUAAAAGAAAAACCACAAUGAAACAAAAACGGAUGGACGUUAAUUGCUUUGUUUUUUAACGUGGAAUUCAAAUGUUUGAUAAUGAAUUAAGAACGAAGCAGCCACCAAAAAAAAAAAUCUUGCUUUCCUCCUUUUUUUUCUGGUCUGCAUAGGCAUGUAGGUGCACUUUGUAAAGAAGUGGAAGUAAAACGGGAAGCUAAAUUGGUUGGGAGAAAUCAUAAGGAUUUUUAAUCUCCUGAGGUAAAAAAUUGGGUCCUUUUUCGCUUUUUACCUUUUACGAUGGUACAGUUGUACAUUAGUUGUACCCAACUCAAAUUUCUGUGGGAUUUGGGCAGGGGAGCGGGGAAGGGACGUGGGUGGAAGACAGGGAUUACUGAUACAGUUGACAAAGUGCAAUAUAUUGUCAGUCACUGCAGCAUAGACAACGGCAGUCGAGAUUUAAAUUAUUUUGUACUUGUAUCAGCAUAAAAAAAAUCUUCAGUAUUUUCUGUUUUUAUUUUUAUUUUGCUUAUUUUUUGAUUAGUGAACUAAGUUAUUGUUAAUUAUGUACAACAUGUUUAUAUAUUGUCUGUAAAAAGUGUAUG